CAUGUCCCACCUCUCUCCACCAAUUUUAUUCAUUACAAUUUACAAUCUCCACAUAAAAAACACCAACACAAACCCACCCCCCAAAAAACAGAAAUAACAAUCACCCAAAAUCUCCUCACUCCCAAAAACCCACCACAAUGCCACUCCCACUCCCACUCCCACUCCUCUUUACUCUCCUCAUAAUCAACCUCAUCUCCGCCACCUCAAUCCCGCCAUUCCGCGAAGCCCCAGCGUUCCGCAAUGGCGAGAACUGCGAUAUUAUCGGAGGAGCUGCCAACACCACUAUCCACAUCGCAAUGACCCUCGACAUCACCUACUUACGCGGGUCAAUCGCAGCAGUCUUCUCCGUCCUACGCCAUUCCACCUGCCCACAAAACAUCGCAUUUCACUUCCUAACCUCUUCUCGCCACUUCAACACCCUCAACCUUACCAUCACCUCCACUUUCCCUUCUCUCUCCAUCUCUCUCCACCCCUUCGACCCCCUCCUCGUCCGCAACAAAAUCUCCACCUCCGUCCGUCGCGCACUCGACCAACCCCUCAACUACGCGCGCAUCUACCUCGCCGACCUCCUCCCUCCAUCCGUCUCCCGCAUAAUCUACUUCGACUCCGACCUCGUUGUCGUAGACGAUGUAGCUAACUUAUGGAGUAUCAACCUCGGGGACCACGUACUCGGGGCACCCGAGUACUGCCACGCUAACUUCACCAGCUACUUCACCCCAAAAUUCUGGGCUACUCCCGAACUAUCAAAAAGCUUCUCGAAAAAAGAGAGAACGCCGUGUUACUUCAACACGGGUGUGAUGGUGAUCGAUGUGAACAAGUGGAGAGAAAGUGGGUGUACUAGGAAACUAGAAAGUUGGAUGAGAUUGCAAAAACGACAUCGGAUUUAUGAGCUGGGUUCUUUGCCACCUUUUUUGCUUGUUUUUGGUGGUGAAGUGGAGAGAAUUGAGCAUAGGUGGAAUCAACAUGGAUUAGGUGGGGAUAAUAUUAGAGGCUUGUGUAGAGAUUUGCAUCCUGGACCUGUUAGUUUGUUGCAUUGGAGUGGGAAAGGAAAACCAUGGCUUAGGAUUGACUCUAAUCGUCCUUGUCCUUUGGAUAGUCUUUGGGCACCCUAUGAUCUUCAUUAUUCUCCGCCGUCGUCGUCCGCCGCCGCCGUUCUCUUGUCCGACGGAUAUAUUAUGGUUUCAUAAUUAGAUCAUUUUCUUCUUCUAUCAACAUUAAUUAAUACUACCUAUAGUUUGUGUAAUUAUUCACCACUGUAAAAAUUGCCACAAGUUGUUACGCAAUUUUGAACUUAAUUAAUCGGACCUUUAAUUAAAGAUUAUUCCAUA